ACAACAAAUGUACCUUAUUGGUGCCAGUUUAAAACCAUAUGCAAUAAAGUUGUUUAAUGAUCAAUUUGGUAAUUAUGUCAUCCAAGGAUGUAUUAAAUUUGGAUCUCCAUUUAAUGAUUUUGUGUUUGAAGCUAUGUUGGAUAGUUUUAUUGAGAUCAGUUUUGGGAGAUUUGGAGCUAGAUGUAUUAGAACUAUUUUGGAAAGUGCCAACGAAUCAAGUUGUGUGACUAACGAACAAGUGUUGUUGGUUGCUGGUUUGAUUGUGGAAUAUGCCAAUGAAUUGGUGGUUAAUGCUAAUGGUAGUUUAUUAAUCACAUGGUUCUUGGAUACGUUUAAUGAUACUGAUUAUAAGAUUCAAUUGCUUUCUGGCAAAUUUUUACCUCAUUUACGAUCAUUAUGUGUUCAUAAAUUAGCCAAUUUAACAAUUUUAAAGAUCUUGAAUAACAGAGCUGAGAAUCAAGUGCGUGAAGUUAUCCUCAAUGCUAUUUUUGAAGAGUCUAAUUUAGAAUAUAUCCUUCUGGAAAGCUUGUCUAGUUCUGCACCAAACACGGAAUAUUCUGCUGGUCCAAUGUUUAUUUACAAGAUCAUAAGUAAUCCAAUCCUUGCCGAAUAUGCUAACAAUCAUAUUGGUACAAUUCGAAGACUCUUGCACGAUUUACCAAUUGUCAACCUUCAAAAUUAUAAGAAAUUAAUGGAUGAAGUUGGUGUAUCCAAGACCAACAGAAUUACUAGCAAUGGCAAGCCUAAGAGAAGAACUGGACGCACCGGGAAACAAUAUGAUCAAAUGUAUGUCCCUAUGUUACAACAACAACAAGGUUCUCAUCAUCAUCAACAACAGCAACAUUAUCCACAGCAACAACAACAGCAUCAACAUCAACAUCAGCAACAGCCACCACAACAGCAACAACAAUACUAUCCACCAUACCAACAAUUCUACCCCCAACAAUAUGUUAAUGUUCCUCCAUAUUUAAAACAACAACAAAUGUAUAACUCCCAACAGGCAACCCAGGCACAAGUUCAAGCUCAAGCACAGGCACAAGCACAAGCACAGGCACAAGCGCAGGCUGCACAACAAGCUCAAGAUAUGGCCGUGAUGCAACAAUUGGAACAAUUAUCAUUGAGUUCGGCGGCAUUGGGGUACAAUUCCAACCCAGGGACUCCUACCAUGCUGAGAAACCAAUACAUUUAGAAAAGAUAUGUACAUAUCACCGUCAUGCUUACAUGAAAUUUUUAAGAUAUUUUAGUUAGUUUGUUUUUUAUGAUUUAGUCAAAUAAUGUGUAAUAGAUAAUUUUAUUU